UCCAUACCAUAAAUUCAUUCCCAAAGAAAACUAGCCUGAAAACCAAAUACAAUGUAUAAACCUCAAAAACGUGAUUUUUGCACUACUUGCAUAAUGCCAUUAAUCACAAUUGGUGUCUUACUCUGGCUUCUAAUCAAGCCUUCAAUCCCCAAAUGUUAUAUUGAAGAAUUUGACGUUUUUGCCCUUAGAGAAAAUACCAACUCUACUCAUCUCAACAACACUAUUUACUACAAUCUGAAGCUCAAAAACAGGAAUACUGACAAAGGAGUUUACUAUGAUACCAUUAACCUUAACUUCUAUUACAAACCUAAUGAGUAUACUAGCCUCGCUAUUGGAAAUUCCACUUUUACCCCUUUCUACCAAGGCAAGUAUAAGAGUACUCAUCGUGUAGGGAAUAUUGAGCCUAGAGGGGUAAGAUGGGGAAAUGCGACCGCGUCGACGGUGAUGUUUAGGGUGGAGCUAGUCACUGCAGUAAGGUAUAAGCAACCAUUAUGGAAGUCUAAACGACAUCAUUUGGUGGUAGGAGCUGACUUGAGAGUCAAUGAUAAGGGUAGUUUAGGAAAUGGUGUUAGACUUCGCUCUAAUGCUCAACGUAAUCGUAAAAACCGUUUUCAGCUCAUAGGCUUGUUGGCGGAGAAGCCUUCAAGCUCCAAACGCUAUAUUGAUGAAUUCAAUGUUUUUGCCAUCUCCUUUCAACUUCCUAAAGCUGCUGGAGGGUGGAAUGGAAUUGAUAUGAGAGUGUGGAACAAGGCAGCUAUACUUAAGCUGCUGUGGGCCAUUGCUUUUAAACAAGAUAAGUUGUGGGUUCGAUGGGUUAAUGCAUACUACAUCAAGAGAAGUACACUGAUGGAGGUGAAUUUGAGCAAUAACAUCUCUUGGAUGUUAAGGAAGAUUAUUGCUUCUAGGAGGCUGUUAGAAGAUAUUGGAGGCUGGGAUAAUAACAUCAGUAACAGCAGAAGUUUAGCAUAA